CCAGUGAUCGUAGGAAUGAGCAUCAACAUCGCCAGCAUCGACUCGAUAUCUGAAGUCAACAUGGACUACACCAUCACCAUGUAUUUCCAGCAGAGCUGGCGGGACAAGCGGCUGGCGUACAAUGAGAUGAGCCUGAACCUGACGCUGGACAACCGCGUGGCCGACCAGCUCUGGCUGCCCGACACCUACUUCCUGAACGACAAGAAGUCCUUCCUGCACGGCGUCACCGUUAAGAACCGCAUGAUCCGCCUGCACCCGGACGGAACCGUGCUGUACGGGCUGAGGAUCACCACCACGGCCGCCUGUAUGAUGGACCUGCGCCGCUACCCGCUGGACGAGCAGAACUGCACCCUGGAGAUCGAGAGCUACGGCUACACCACGGACGACAUCGUGUUCUUCUGGCAGGGCGGGGACAGCGCGGUGACAGGCGUGGACAAGCUGGAGCUGCCCCAGUUCUCCAUCGUGGCUCUGCGGCUGGUGUCCAGGGAGGUGCGCUUCACCACAGGCUCCUACCCCCGCCUGUCGCUCAGCUUCAGGAUCAAGAGGAACAUCGGAUACUUCAUCCUGCAGACGUACAUGCCCUCCAUCCUGAUCACCAUCCUGUCCUGGGUCUCCUUCUGGAUCAACUACGACGCUUCGGCCGCCCGCGUGGCCCUGGGCGUAACCACGGUGCUCACCAUGACGACCAUCAACACCCACCUGCGGGAGACGCUCCCCAAGAUCCCGUACGUGAAGGCCAUCGACGUCUACCUCAUGGGCUGCUUCGUCUUUGUGUUCCUGGCGCUGUUGGAGUACGCCUUUGUCAACUACGUCUUCUUCGGUCGCGGGCCGCAGCAGCAGAAGAAGAUCAACGAGAGAAUCAACAAGGUCAACAACGAGCGCCCACGAUACGAGGAGAAGAGACUACGAGAACAGGUGGACGCCUACGGUAACAUCCUGCUCACCACGCUGGAGAUGAACAACGAGGUGAUGCCGUCGGACGGCGGCGGCGGCAGCGUCAGCGACUCGCUCAACUCGGUCAUGUCCUUCGACAGCUCCAGCGUCCAGUUCAGGAAGCCCAUGACGCAGCGCGACGGCUUCGGCCACCACUCGCUGGACCGCGGCGCCAUGCGAAGCCGCGCCAACUGCCGGCUGCGGCGGCGCUCGUCCAAGCUCAAGCUGAAGAUCCCCAACCUGGCGGACGUCAGCACCAUCGACAAGUGGUCGCGCGUCAUCUUCCCCAUCACCUUCGGCUUCUUCAACCUCAUCUACUGGCUGUACUACGUGAACUGAGGCGCACCCCCAUAGGAAUAAUGGGCCAUAUUUUGAGAGCUCGUUGAUUUGGCUUUGAUACA